GGGCUCGGGCGGGUUGGGCGCGCAGCCAGGGCGGUCUCAGACUCUGGCCCCGAGCAGCGGCGCGGAGAAGGGCGCUUGUUGCUGGCUGGCGGGGUGGCGGCUGCACGGGCUCCAGGAGAGCGGGUGAGAACAGCCCAGCUGCCGGAGAACAUGGUGGACUACCUGGCAAACACGGAGAUCAACAGCCAGCGCAUUGCUGCCGUUGAGAGCUGCUUCGGGGCAUCGGGGCAGCCGCUGGCCCUGCCAGGCCGGGUGCUGCUGGGCGAGGGCGUGCUGACCAAGGAGUGCCGCAAGAAGGCCAAGCCACGCAUCUUCUUCCUCUUCAACGACAUCCUGGUCUAUGGCAGCAUCGUGCUCAACAAGCGGAGGUACCGCAGCCAGCAUGUCAUUCCCCUGGAGGAGGUGACGCUGGAGCCGCUGCCCGAGACCCUGCAGGCCAAGAACCGCUGGAUGAUCAAGACGGCCAAGAAGUCCUUUGUGGUGUCGGCCGCCUCCACCACGGAGCGCCAGGAGUGGAUCAGCCACAUUGAGGAGUGUGUGCGGCGGCAGCUGCUGGCCACAGGCCGCCAGCCCAGCACGGAGCACGCGGCGCCCUGGAUCCCGGACAAGGCCACGGACAUCUGCAUGCGGUGCACGCAGACGCGCUUCUCGGCACUCACGCGGCGCCACCACUGCCGCAAGUGUGGCUUUGUGGUCUGUGCCGAGUGCUCCCGCGAGCGCUUCCUCCUGCCUCGCCUCGCGCCCAAGCCCCUGCGCGUCUGCAGCCUCUGCUACCGCGAGCUGGCCGCCCAGAAGCGGAAGGAGGAAGAGGAGGAGGAGGAAGAGGAGCAGGAGCCGGGCACCGGGGCCCCCGGGCAGCCGGCCUGCCUGGCCGGGGCCAUCUGCGGAGCGUCCAGUGGAGACGACUACGACUCAGAUGAGGACAAGGAGGGCAAUGGGGAUGGCGAGUGGCCCAGCCAUGUGGAGUUCUACACCUCGGGCGUCUCCUGGUCGUCCUUCCACAGCUGACGCCGGGUCUGCAGACGUGAGGGAGGGGCCUCGGGUCACUUCCCCAUCCAAGCAGACUCCACUGCCCACGGCCCUGAGAGGGCAGAGUCCCCGAAGCAGCCCAGCGCCCCCAAGGACCCUACCCCACAGUGGUGGGCACAGGAGGAGUGGCUCUUUCUCUCUAGACUCCCAGUGCCUUUUUUCUGGAUGUUGACAUCCUUCUCUUUCCACUUCAGGUAAUUAUCUUUCCAUUUAGCAGACCCAAAACACUUAGACCCUUAGGGAACAAAUGCCAUUUCUCAGCCCUAUGAGCUCUAGCUCCAGAUGACCCUUUGAAUUAGAUGACCCCAGGCACCAAUAGGGACCAGAGGGAGCUAGGACUGGAAUGAGGUCCCCUCGUCCCUGAGGCCUUGGACCACAUCCCUGCCCUGCACACAAGCACACCCCCGGGAAGACAGUCCUGAGGGGCCUCCAGGAAUCAAGGCCUGCCCAGCCACCUUGCAGACGCCCCCCGCUGGGCUGGCCGGGCCUUGUCAGACCAGGCACAUGGGCUCUUCCAGAGCCAGGCAAGAGGCCCAGGGGCUGCAGCCCGGUGUAGGGCGGCCUGCCAUAGCCUCUGGCCCCAUCUGGCCUCUCUCCAGCUGUCCAGGCAUCCGAGGCCUCUCUGGGUCCUGUACUCAUUGCUCCCUGUGGCUGGGGACAGCAGUGGUUUCUGUUAGGACUCUUAAUUGCAAGUGACAGAAACCCUACUGAGACUGACUUAACAAUAAAAAGAAAGUUUAUUGACUCGUGUGGUUGAAAAGUCCAGGAGUGUUCUUGCAUAGACCCAGUGCAACCAGGGGCCGAAGCCCUGCUGCGUGGCAAGUGUCAACAGCUGUCCGCCACACUGGGCGUUCCUGGGGACACGGGCAGCACCGUGCGGUCAGACAAGCACACCAUACCUAGGCUGGUUCCUGUCCAUCCGGGUGCUGUCCCUGUGGCCCGGUGCCUGCAGGCCUGUGCGUUUGGUGUGAGUUAUCUAAGCGGGUGGACUUAGAGGAACAAGGAGCCGUUGUCUGGCCUGCCUGGGCCUUCUGGCUUGAGGGCUCUCCCAUGCGCCUCCUGCCCUGCCCGUCCCCCGGGAUGGUGCUGGUGAGUGAGGCAGCCCGGGUGCGGCAGCUGGCCUUGCUCAGAGCAUGUGGGGGCGGGGCUGGAGCUUCAAUGCCAGCCUGCUGCCUGGCCCACGCCUGCCGCAGAGUUGCUGGUCCCUCAGGCGUCGCCUACAUUUUCUUCUGCACAGUUGUUCUCUGUUGCCUGGCUGGCCUUGGCCAGAGCCUCCUGUGGCAGAGAGAGGGGUCACUGUCCGAUAGAAGUGCUUACUCGGGCCAGGAGAGCUUCCCCCAGUCCACAGGGCACAGUGCAGAAACGCCCCCAUCGGGGCUCCAGUCCCCGGGGGAGAAUUGUCCGCUCUAGCUGGUGGCUAGUGCUGAUGGUGGCAGUCGCUGCUGCUUCGAGACCCUUCUGUGCGCUGGUCCCCAGGAGGCAGAGCCAAGUCGACUUACUUAAAGCCAUCCUAAGGCUGAAGGGGAUGUGGCCUGAGCCCUGAGAGAGGGACAGACAAAGCCAGAGGACAGAGCUCUCCGAAUGGCUGUGUCGUCAGGGGCUUCCUGGAGGAGGCGGUGUUUGGUUGAGCCUCAGAGGAGGACAGGACUUUCUCAGAGAGGAUGGUAGUCUCCAUGAGGACUGGGACUCUGGGUCUUUUUUUGUUAACCGUCCCCUCCUGUUGCUGGCAGUAAACAUUUGUUGCCUGAAUAAAUGAGUCAAGUGAGAAAUGGGGCUGGGGCUGUUGGGGAAGAGGGAAUGAUAAUGAAAUGCAAUUGAGGCUCACCCGGGAGCUUCUGGUCAAGGUGUGGAUGAGACCCAACAAGUGGCCCUGGCCCCCUCCUGGAGUUGGGGGACAAGCCCUCCCCAGGCUCUGACUGUUGCCCUCUGGCAGGGGCCGGAAACACCUACCACCUCCACCAGGCAGAGCUCUCUGGAGAGACGACAGACCUGUUCACAGGAGCCCGAGGGCCUCCUUGGGGACGUCGUCCAGGUUGGCAUCAGAGGAUUUCUGCAGCCUGGCCUCUCCCUGCCCCGGCCUGUUCUCUGGGACAGAGGCCGCAGGGGACGUCUGGGCCACUGCUGGGCUGGGCCACCGGGCAGGGUGGGACCGACUGCAAGGCUGACCCCGUUCUCAGCCAGGAUCCGGGUCUCUCAGGCCACACUCACAAACCAAGGCCGCGGCUUCCACUGGCCUGCCUGUGACCCGGGCCUGCAGGAAGCCGUUUCCCGAGGCUGUGGGCAGGGAAGAGGCCCCUCAGAGUCUGGGGCUUUUCACACAUGGCGCCAGCAGGCUCUGGGCUGUCCCCCUGCCUCACUCUGCUCCCAGGCCCCCAUCUGGGAAGGGGUGUGCCCUGCCUCAGCCUUGAGCAGACUCGCUAGGACUGCCCAGCGGGCAGAACGUGGGGUGGGAGCAGGGGUUGGAGGGGAGGGGUCUGCCCUGCUAAGGCAAACAGUCAGACUCUGGGCUUCUCUGGGUUACUUACUGACUCCAUGCCCACCAUUCCACCCCUGCUUGUGAACUUCAGCCCUUCCUAUCGACCCCAGUGCAGUUGCCACCUCCACUCUGCAGCCUUCCUGGAUUGCCCCAGUGGCAUGGCUGUCCCCCCUGUGCUCCCAGAACACCUGCAGCCCCUGCUCCAGCUCCAGCUCUGUCUUCCAUGAGGUGCCUGAGCGGCCUGUGCCCAUCAAAGCCAGCCUUCAAGUCCUAGCUGCCGCGGGCAGGGGCAGCACAUUCCUCGCUCCUCUGCGGCCCCCACAGCUCCCAGCCAGGUCCCUGCGCCACUGACAGUUCCACAGAUGCUUCUGUUCGAAGGUGGCCUUGUGACUUCCCCCAGCUCCUGGGGGAUGCAGACAAGAUGCUGGGGUCUUGGGGACCUCAAAGCCCCUCUGUCCAAAACUGACCCCAUCGGCUUCGCCUGACCUGCUUGUCCUGCUUCCAUUGGCGCCUGCCCCAGGCCUUCAAGCCAGACACUGCAGUGCUCCUGACCCUUCCCUUGCCUGUCCCCCAACCUCCCAUGCCCUUCCAGGCAACCCAGGCCCAAACGGAGCGGCUCUGUGGUGCACAGAGGCGCCGCAGCAGCUUCCUUAGGGCCACGGAGGAAGUGGUUCCAGCAAGGCACGGAGGCAGCGUGGGCCAGGCUGGGCCAGACCCCGCCGGGUGGAGCCCUUAUCCCAAUGGAGAGAGAACCCUGUGUGCACACGCAUGUGCACACACGCACGGCCCUGCAGCCCCUCUCGGCGUGCCUCCUACUUUCCCUCCUGACCUCCCCAUCUCAAAGCCUCAGACUGGGUUUUGGAUCAGUCGAGAAGGGAGGAAUGGAGAGUGAGGUCAGGAGGCCACACCCAGGAAAGGGGAGCGAGAACCCAAGGGUGGCUCUGGGCUCCCUCGUUCCCUUCCCUGUUGGGCCGGGGACCCCAGGCCCCAGGGAGUCAGGUCAGUGCCAGAAGGGAAGCCUGGCCGGCCGUCCCGAGGCCCUUCCAGAAGUCCUGUCUCCUGCUGGCUCCCCUCACCACCACACAGCCCAGCCCUGGCUGGAAUGUUCCAACGGCGAAAACAGGCAGGCAGGCAGCAGGGAGGGAGAGAACAGGGCGGUGGGCAGACGGAGCCAGACAUUUCUGGGCAAAAACAAGGGGAAAUUUCAAUCCUUGGAGUGUCAGCUUAGGGGUCCUGCCAGACAUUCUGACCCCAAAGAACAGGCUUUCUGGAGAGCGGUCCCUGCCCACCGCGGCUCCCAGCCUGGCCCAGAAGCAGUCGUCAGUGCUGCCCAUUUUUUCCCAGCGCAGCCGUGCUGAGCUCGACGCUGUAGCUCACGCGCACACACUCAAGCACAGAGACUGUGCAGUUUGCAAAUUACCCACAUUCUUAUAAUGCCAAAAUGCCUUCCUUUGUAUCCCAACCAAGCCUCCCAGGGGCCCCGACCCCCGCCCAGGAAGCAGAGCCAGCCAACUGCUGAGACUUUCUCUCCCCAAGGCCUGAGCUGCAGCUGAUCCGACAGAGGAUGCAGCAGAGGCCUCCGUGGGAGGGAGGCAGGCCCGCAGCGCCACGGUGGAGGCAGGGUGGCCCAGGCGGCCCAGCCCUGGACUGGAGCGGGGCAAGUCAUCCCCCUGGCUCCCCUGCUCCUUCUGCUCUGCACUCAUGCUGUGCCCUCACCUUCGGACACCGGCUUCCCCACAACUCCUGCCCCCAGCGCUGGAGUGGGCGCCUGGGACUCAUCUGGGUGACAGUUCUCCUUCAGGUGGCCACACCCUGGUAUUCCCUGACGUGAAUAAUACCAAAAGUAGAUCCUGGUCUCUGCCCCCAGUUCCUGGCACAGAGCUCCUAAAACUCUUGGGAUUCCUAAGUGAUGAGAUCCCCGGGGGCAUUCCUCACGGGGCGCUCAGGGAGCCCUGGACUGCCCCUAGCAGCGGCAGGAGUGUCUUGUUCCAACGAAGUGAUGCUUAGUGGGCAAUAAAAAGACCAAGCCAGGAUUAGAAGCUUGGAACUUUCGGUCCCACCCCCAUCCUCCAGAAAGGGAAGAGGGACUGGGGGUCGAGUUAAUCAUCAGUGAUGAGGAAGCCUCCAUAAAAAUCCCGCAAGUACGGAGUUCAGAGAGCUUCCGGGUGGGUGAACACGGGCAGGUGCCGGGGGAGGGGGGUAGUCCGCCUUCCCACACGCCUUGCCCUGCGCAUCUCUUCCUCUGGCUGUUCAUCCAUAUCCUUUACUACAUUGUUUAUAAUAAAUCAGUAAAGGUAAGUAUUUCCCUGAAUUACUGAGCCUAAGGAGGGAUUCACAGGAACCCUAACAUACAGCUGGUCAUUCAGAUAGUGAGUACAGGUGACAACCUGGGACUUGCAAUUGGCAUCUGAAGUGGGGGCCGUCCUAUGGGACUGAGCCCUUAACCUGUGGGGUCUGUGCUAACUCCAGUUAGCGUCAGGAUGGGAUUGAAUGGUAGGACACCCAGCUGGUGUCACAGAGAAUUGCUUGGUGUGGGGAAAAUCCCGCCACAUCUGGCAUCAAGUGUUGUGAGUGUGGUAGUGGUGUGAGGGUCAAGGCGUGCACAGGAGUGUUUUCACAUGCCACUGGGGAAGCCCUCCCCCUGCCUACGGCCACGUGCUUCAGUGCCGCUGAACCACCCACAUCCUGGCUCUGGAAAUGGACACAGGACACAGGACUGGACAACCAGUAGGACUAAAGGGACCUGCUGAGGGCUGCGAGAGUCGACAGCCAUUUCCACCUGCGCACAGGGAGAAGUGGUCCUGAGUCACCUACAGGGGGUACAGCUCUCAGGAGAGUCCUGGGAAAACGACCCGGUGAGGGUCUUGGGGCCCAGAUUCACCCCCAGAAUAAGGCUGUUGCUAAGACCGUGCAGAUUUCAAUUCAAUGAGGGAGAAAUCCACCCAACGAUGAACAGCUCCAAGAUAUGAAAACAGAACAUUCAAAAGCAUAAUGGACAACAGUGAUUGUUUCCUUUAUUCAAGGCAAAACAAUGCAACGUGUCACUCAGGCAGUCUCAACAUCUCACAAGCUGAUUACCACACGAGUCAAACUCCAGGACGAACAUAAUUCAGUUGCAAACCUGAUUUGGGGAAACAAAGCCCCAUUUUAGGAGAAAAAUGAUUCAGAGACUGCGCGCUUCCAGGAUGUGCUUUGUGGAAGCUCCCGGUCCUCCACGAUUAGGCCCAAGGUAUUUCUGCACAUUGAUCUCCUCUCCAAAGGUCAAGGAGUAAGCGGUCAGGAAAAUCAAUAAGCCUCCAAAGCAUUAGGAGGAGGAAAUUGGCAUAGGUCGGACGUGACCUUCAGAAGCGGCGGGCAGCCAUCUGGGUACUCCCUGGGACUCAUUUUCCAUUUUUUAUUGAGGUCUAACCUACACCCACUGAAGUGCACAGUGAGACUUUACACACUCGCACACACGUAUAAGCACCACCCAGAUCAAGAUGCGGAACAUCCGCGGCAGCCAGAAGGCGCCCGGGCCCCUCCAGCAGAGCCCACCUCCAACGGUAACCGGGGCUCUAACCUCUGUCACCGUGAGUUUUUCUGUUGUUUUUACACUUCCCAUAAACAGAAUCACCCUGUCGGCAUCUUUUUGUUCAGGCCUUUUUGGCCGACAUUGUGAGAUUCCUCCGCGUCGCUGUGGGUCUCCCUGGCGGUUGUCUGCGCUGUGGUAGUCUUCUAAUUUGUGAACCCUCCACAACUGCUUCUCCAUCCUACUGUUGAUGGGUUUGGGGUUGUCCCGGGUUGGGGUCAUCAUGGCUAAAGCUGUACGACUAGGCCCACGAUGUCCUGUGGUGGACACAGCACACACGUCCUGAAGGAAAUGAGGCAGA